CCGGAACCUGCGCGCCCGGCUCGGGUUCCCCCCGGAGCGGCGGCCGGGACGCGCCGGACGGAAACGGAAGCGCCGCCGCGGAGGAGCGGCAGCGGCGGGCUCUGCCGGCGGGAGGUCCUUAAAAAUGGGGAACACAAGCAGCGAGCGAGCUGGACUGGAGCGUCAUGGGCAUAAGGCAUCCCGAGGUGACAACUCGGGAGGAGCCAUCAGUACGAAAGAGGGUGAUAGGCCAAAAAUCUUAAUGGAUAGUCCUGAAGAUACAGACUUGUUCCAUUCAGAGGAAAUGAAGGCUCCAUUGGAGAAAGAAGAAUUUCUAGCUUGGCAACAAGAUCUGGAAGUGAAUGAUAAAACUCCCACUCAAGCUCGACCAACAGUCUUUCGUUGGACUGGAGGAGGGAAAGAAGUCUAUCUAUCUGGAUCCUUUAACAAUUGGAGUAAAAUUCCUCUGACAAGGAGUCACAAUAACUUUGUGGCAAUCCUGGACCUGCCAGAAGGAGAGCACCAGUACAAGUUCUUUGUGGAUGGGCAGUGGACGCAUGAUCCUUCAGAGCCUGUAGUAACCAGCCAGCUAGGCACCGUCAACAACAUCAUACAGGUGAAGAAAACUGACUUUGAAGUAUUCGAUGCUUUGAUGGUGGACUCUCAAAAAUGUUCAGACAUGUCUGAAUUGUCAAGUUCACCCCCAGGACCGUAUCACCAGGAGCCCUAUGUUUGUAAGGCAGAAGAGCGCUUUAAAUCACCACCUAUUCUUCCCCCCCACCUGUUGCAGGUCAUCCUGAAUAAGGACACCGGCAUUUCUUGUGAUCCUGCACUACUUCCUGAACCCAACCAUGUCAUGUUGAACCACCUCUACGCGCUUUCCAUCAAGGAUGGAGUGAUGGUGCUUAGUGCUACACAUCGUUACAAGAAGAAAUACGUGACUACUUUGCUGUACAAGCCAAUAUGAGCAUCACAGUAGUUUGCAACCAUUUGUUCUGGGCCAGUGCAGUCUCAGAAAAAAAAAUUCUUCUCUUAACCAAAUGUACUCCUGCUCUGUGCUGUAGCAAACGAACUCUGAUUUCAUAUUGUUUCUGAGACUUCCAAGUUCUCCUGUAUCUGCCUUAUUUUCCCAGUCCCACCUUGGAAGUUCUUAGAGAUGGCAGCUUCAUGGCAACUAGACAGAUGGCAGAGGUGUCAGUGCCCGUUGUCAGCUCAGUUAAAAAACACCCAUUUAAUUAGGCUGAAAAAUGUGAGGGCAGCAACAGGUAAAAGACCUUUAGCAGUGAGGCAGACUGUAAGUAAUAAACAAGCCAGCCCAAAGUCUAGAAAAUUCAGGAUUCUUGUGGAAUCUUAUUUGAGCUCAACACUCAGCAAAAGCGAGCCCAUUACUGCUUUCAUAACUCAUCAAGCACACAGUUAUUUCAGCAGCAAGUUCCACACUUGCGUGGCUGAAGUAAGUGUGAGUAUCGAUGAUCUUUUUGUAACAGCCUUUUCUAGGCAAAAUCAGUGACACAAUCACCUACAAGCUCAUUUUUAUUUUACGGUAGGCUGGGGUGCACUCUUUCUACUGUGAAUAGCUCUGUAGUUUUUCUCUUCAUGAGAACUGAAAUACAACUUUUCCCCUGUGGAAUUGCUGGUAAAGACAAUUGUUUUUAAUGGCUGGAUUUUUCUAUAAGUCAUACAUGUGUCUUGCAGUAAUCUGCUUUUUGAAACUAAUUUCUCCUGCUGUCACCAGUAAGGACUUCCUUAAGCUGGCACAAGUAGCUGUAAGGAAAUCGAUGUGUUCAGUUUAGGGAUUAGUUCUUCAGUAACAGCCUGAAGGUGACAGUAAGUCCCCUGCAUCGCAGUGGCCAAACUUGCCCCUCGGUGUAAGCCCCGCAGCCAGCUGGAUGCAGCCGCACUGCACCCUUCUGGGCCCAGGGCCAGGGUGCAGUGCUGACUGCGGGUGUGCAGUCCCUGUGCUUCCCCAGCCCGGGUUGUGGGGAUCUCUGCAACUUCUUAUUCUGUUCAUAUUUUCUCGGUGAUUAAGGUAUGCCAGGUUGCCUGGACUUGGUACUCGCAGCCUGUUUUAUCCCAAAGCAAAUGCAACAUUAAUGCAAAUCUGCCUGCCAGCAUGCCUCGGGCCUGCCCUGGAGGAACCAGCUCAGGAGGUGACCCGCUGGGUCCUUCCCUCUCUUUUUUUUUUUUUUUUUUUUUUUGGUGCCUGAGAGUGCCAGUGACUGUGCCAAUGAUAACCAGCCCCCAUGCGACUGGGGGAAGAGCACGCUGCACAGAUCAGUGCGGAGUCUGAGUGGGGGCAAAAGCUGCAGCGGCCAGUUUGGUGUAACCAGCCCCCGCGGAAGGGUGGUUUGCCUUGCUGGGAGCUGUGUGGCAAAGUCUUGAGUAGAUCUGGGUCUAGUGCAAUGAUUUUCUCUGAAAACUCUUCUUCAUUCUGUGCUAUGGAUAGCAUUUGGUAUUCUGAAAUACGGAAUUGCUUUUGUUUUCAGCCUCUUCAGAAAGAAAUAAAACAUUUUCAAGAAAA